GUUUGUCGUUGCUACUGGACCCAUAUACCCCGUUCUUGGAGCUGUCAUCACUGGCAGCGCAUGAAGUUUACCCAGGGGAGCAUAUUCCCGGUGCCGGGAUGAUAACAGGCAUCGGUAGAAUAUCAGGGCGGGAGUGCAUGAUUGUGGUGAAUGAUGCGACCGUUAAGGGAGGGUCAUACUAUCCUCUAACUGUCAAGAAGCAUUUGCGAGCGCAGGAGAUCGCACGGGAACACGGACUUCCAUGUGUCUACGUUGUCGAAUCAGGGGGUGCGGCACUACCUCACCAGGCCAAUGUGUUCCCCGAUAAAGAGCACUUCGGUCGCAUAUUCUACAACAUGGCUCAAAUGUCUGCUCUGGGCUUGCCACAGAUUGCACUAGUGCAUGGUAUAUCUGUUGCGGGUGGCGCAUAUGUUCCCGCAAUGGCUGAUGAGAAUAUUAUUGUGGCGGAGCAGGGGCGUAUCUUCCUAGCAGGACCACCCCUGGUCAAGGCUGCCACAGGGGAAGAAGUCGAUGAAGAGACUCUUGGCGGUGGACUGAUGCACUCGAGCGAAAGCGGUGUGACUGAUCACCUCGCGCGAGAUGACGAACAUGCUAUUGAUAUUGCAAGGGGUAUGGUCGGCGAUCUCGGUGCAGGAGGGUGGAGAGCAAGUGGUCCCUCAGCAGUGUCAGAGGACCCUGUGUAUCCCGCUUCGGAACUACACGGUAUUGUUGGCACUGAUUCACGUCAGGCUUUCGAUAUGAGAGACGUGAUUGCUCGGAUAGUAGAUGGUAGCCGUUUUAGAGAAUUCAAGAAGGAAUAUGGUCCGACCAUGAUUACGGGCUUUGCCCAUGUACAUGGAUAUGAAGUCGGCAUCGUUGCCAACAACGGCAUUCUCUUCUCGCCAUCGGCCUUGAAGGCUACCCACUUCAUCCAACUAUGCUCACAACGUCAAAUUCCACUUUUGUUCUUGGUCAACGUUACUGGUUACAUGGUAGGUUCGAAGGCUGAGAGAGGAGGAAUAGCGAAGGAUGGCGCAAAAAUGGUUCGAGCAGUUGCGUGUGCCGAUGUUCCGAAGUUAACCGUCAUCGUCGGAGGGAGCUUUGGAGCUGGCAAUUAUGGAAUGGCUGGGCGCGCUUACUCCCCACGGUUCCUAUGGAUGUGGCCCAAUGCGAAGGUAUCGGUCAUGGGCUCUGGUCAGCUGUCGCAAGUCAUGACUACGGUCUCUAAAGACCCGAGUCAGCACUCAUCGCUGAAAGCGGAUAUUGAAGCACAGUCGACAGCGCUUUACUCCACCGCUCGAUUAUGGGACGAUGGUAUUAUCAAGCCUACGGACACACGGGAUGUGGUUGGUCUUGGGCUCGCGCUAGCAGCACGGAAGCGCCCUACGUCGCGUGGAAGGGGGUCAGUUGGUUCAACCACAUGGGACGGUGAUGGCAAAGGAUUUGGCGUGUUCAGGAUGUGAAGAUAUUUAUUCUAGUCGGAUAUUCGGACACUUGGAUGGUCUGCCAUACCAUUUGGAAGAAUUGUAGUAGUUCAAAGCUUGCGGAAAGACUUAGGUUGUGGGCUUCGAACUUUUCGAAGUUCUGUCAGGCCAAUAAUUAAAUUUGCCACAUUUGUGUAUUUGGUUCUAAAGCUUUUGCCAAACAACGC